AUGUCGCUCGCAAAGAGAAACGACGGUUGUCUCGAGUGUCGCACGCGCCGAGUGCGCUGCGACAAGACGGAGCCCGAAUGCUUCAAGUGCUAUAAAAAGGGGAUCAAGUGCUCGGGCCAGGGUAUCGAGUGCCGCUUCAGCUCCCACAUGAAAUACGGCAGCUCGCCACGGCCCUCACAACCCGCAACUCGCACUGCUGCAGAUGGUCCUAAAGCCUCGCUGCGUGCCCCAAAUCGACUACGAUGGGUCACUGUAAACAGCAAACAGCCAGGAUCGUCGGAUACAGCGCGACUGGCUUCUCGCCGAGCUUCCACCACCGCAUCCAAGACUUCAAAUAAACGCCCCAUCGUUGGCCCUGCUCUUCCCAACAUACCCGCAUCUGACACAGAUUCUUCGGCCGAGAGCUUGGAAGAUGACGUGGAAGAAGUUCCGUCAAGAGAGAUGCAACUCUCCCGCCCGCAGACUGCUCUUCAAGCUCUAUCUCCCCAAGCCAGACAGUUCUUCAACUAUUUUUCAGAGACCAUCGCACCCAAAAUGGUCGUCUUUGACUUUAGUGGCAACGGCUAUCGCAACAUCUUGCUUCCUCUAGCAUGCGAAGAUGAGCUUGUUGGUCAGGCCAUCUCCGUUAUUGCAGCUUUCCACCUAUCGCAACAGGCGCCGCAUAUGCGAAUGGCAGCCGAAGUAGGCCAACAAGCAAUUUUAUCGAAAUUAUUCCGCGACUCGCUUCAACUCGAGCCAAAGAGACUUUUCAGCCUCUCCACAUGGGCGACCAUUCUAGUUUUGCUUGUGGGGGACACGAUUACGGGCGCGAACAACUACGUGCAUCUGCUGGAGAUUCUUUCAAAUCUGGCAAAGAUGUCCGAUUCGGUAGACGCUCUAUCAAUGACUACAAGGGAAUUCAUCAGAGAGCAAACACGAAUGUUCGAACUCUUUGGAUUUCCGCUGUCCAGUGAAACCAAAGGACUGCAAAUGUUGUCAAAACGCCCCGACUAUUACCUGGACUUUAUGUCUUCAAGUCCAUCACUCAACCAAGACCCGGAGCAAUAUGCCAAUGUUUCUGUCAUGAAGGAAGCCAUUCGGCAGGCCUGCGACUUGUACCGAAAUCGCGCCCUCCACCUCAUCACCGACGAAGAGUCUAUCAAAUCAGUAGAACGGCUCCGAGAGACGGUUCUCGAUCUAGACCCAAGCGUUGAUGGGUCCCACGCUUUGGUUUGGACAUAUUUUGUGGCUGCUGCAGAGAGCAUCACACCCGAGCAUCGAGAAUUCUUCUCACAUCGACUCCAAAGCCUCUACAGCUGCACCCACUUUGGAACCAUUCCCAUUGCCGUCCAGACUCUUGAGCACAUAUGGGCGAAUCAAGGCUCUCAGAGAUGGACCCAAGUCGUGACCCGACACCGCCCAAUCUUAAUCAUGUGA